AUGUUGGUAAAGGAUGUUUUAUUCGACGAGAAGAAGCAACAAAAGAAAAGAGAAACACAACCAGUUAUUCCAGAGUUAAUGCCUGGUGACUUACGGAAGCUAAAUGGACAAGAAGUAAGAUUCAAGACUUCCAAAUAUCACAACGAAAUGCAGAACAUCGACUACAGAUCCAAGAAUGGAAAGGAUCACAAGCACCGGGCAGUUUUCAUUAUUCAUGCGGCUGCAAAGGGUGCUUCAGUUCUCGGUGCUUGGUCAGUUUCAUGUGGUUGA